UGAGACGAAUGAAAGUGAUAAACUGGCAGUAGUGUAAAGCCAUCAAAAUUUUGAAGAAAAGCCACAAAUUUUCCUUGAUUUUCUUUCAAAUUUAUUUAAACUCGACUCGACACAUUGUAGCAUAGAUAUAAAAAAUGGCUCGCGGUCAACAAAAGGUUCAAUCGCAACAAAAAGCCCAAGAAAAAGCCGCCAAACUGAAGAAGCAACAAGGACACAGUGCAGCAGAUCAGAAGAAAGCCGCCUCAAAAGCCCUCGUUUUCAGUUGCUCCGUCUGCAAGUCACAAAUGCCCGAUCCCAAAACCUACAAACAACAUUUCGAGAACAAACAUCCGAAGAACGAGCUGCCUGCUGAAUUGAAAGACGUUCAAGCAUGAGAAGACGAUGAAAAUUUGAUGACGAUAACACCGAAAUUGAUGAUUAAUAUUAACUAAAUUUACAAAAAAAUGCAAGAAAUUGUGUAGAGUCGCACUUUUGAAAGCAAUCACAAAUUUUUUCAUUUUUUUUUUGUUCCAAAAUUUCCAAAGUUCUCUCUUUCACAAUAUUUCGCAAUAGUUCAAAAAUUGUUGAAAAAAAUGCUGAUACACAUUUUUGCAAAAAUAUCUAUAGAUAGUUUCCGUGUUUAAAUGAAAUUUUUAUGUUAAAUUGAAAAAAAAGAAGUUUGUAGAUGAGGAACAAAAUUUUAUUUAAGUUUUUAUAAAAAAAUAAGAGAAGUUACUGAAGUUUGAUUAUUACAUAUGAAAAAUGGAGAGUAAAUAAAAAU